CGCGUUUCUCUCCGUGCAAACUUUGCUGGCCUGGGCCGCCCGGUGUUUGCUAACCGUGCACUGAUUGUCGGUGCUGGGAAUGGGCGGUGCAACAUCUUUAGUGAUGCGGCGGGCACGAAGAGGGUGGCUACUAUUGUGGCUGGUGGCGACGAUGUCGAUUUCGGCCAGACUCAUCUAGAUAAUGGGGUUAUUGUCUGUCAGUAA